CUCGACCACCCUCCCCCACUGCGACUUGACUCGACAGCCAGAGCCAGAGACCAGGGCACACGCGAAGCACUCCGACGCACGCCGCUUUCUUCCCGACAUACAGCACCAUCCCGCAGCGAAGACUCAGUCAGCCAACUUCCCCAUCCCGCCCGUAUCGCGCCUGUGCUGCAAGCCUGCACCUCUACGCCGAUCACUCAUCCGAGUCCACCCCAAGGCGCUUCCGCGAUCGAAAUACCGCGCGCAGGAUCGAGACUGCCUCUUCACCCCGCCAAACACCAUAUAUCACCCACGAUAACGACCCUUCUGUUACCGUCACCCCUCGUUUCUCUCAGCGACGUUUCUACAUACACACUGACGAGCCCACAAACAACGGAAUCCCGAUUUUGA